AUGUAUUUUUAUUUUUUAGAUAAAUAUAAUUUAAAAAUUUUGGAACAAAAAUUAUUAAUAUUAUUUAAAUAUAAUAUAAGUUCUAAAAUAUUACAUGAAUUAUUAUAUUUAGGAUUUGAAUAUUGUUUUAUAUAUAAUUAUUCUUUAAAUAUUAAAGAUUUUUCAAAUUUUAUAUAUUUAUUAAUAUUAUAUAAAAAUAAAAUUAAUUAUAUAUAUAAUAAUAAAUAUUAUGAAAUUAAUUAUAAUUAUUUAAAUAUAUUUUUUAAUAAUUAUUAUUAUUUAAAAAUUAUUAAUAAAAUGCAAAACAUAUUAAAUAAUAAUUUAUAUAAAAAAAUUAAUCCUAUAUAUUCUAAUUUAUAUUUAUUUUUUAAUAAUAAAAUAAAAAUAAAAUAUUCUCAAUUACAACAAUUAAUUGGUUAUAAAGGAUAUAUUUCAAAUAUAAAAGGAAUUAUUUAUGAAAAACCAGUUAUUAAUAAUUUUAUAAAUGAAUUAAAUAUAUAUGAAUAUAUAUUAUCUUGUUACGGAUCUAAAAAAGGAAUAAUUGAUACUGCUUUAAAAACUGCAGAUUCAGGGUAUUUAACUAAGCGUUUAGUUAAUAUAACUAAUAAUUUUAUAAUAAAAGAAUUAAAUUGUAAAUCUCCUUUUUUAUUUAAAUAUUCAUGUAAUUUAGAUAUAUAUGGUAAUAUAAUUUUACCUAUUAAUAUAUUAAAAUUUAAAAUUUUAAAAAAUAAUAUUGUAAAUAUAAAUACUGGAAAUUUUAUUAAUAUAAAAAAUAUUUAUAUAACUAAAUAUAUAUUAAAUAAAUUAUUAAAUUUAUCAUAUAAUAUUUAUAUUAAUUUAUAUAUAAAAUCAAUAUAUUUAUGUUCAAUAUUUAAUAAUAUUUGUAAUAAUUGUUUAAAUUAUAAACAAUUAUAUAAAUAUAAUUUAGGUCAACAUAUAGGAGUUAUAUCUAGUGAAGCAAUAAGUGAACCUAGUACUCAAAUGGUAUUAAGAACGUUUCAUGUAAGUUCUAUUUUAAAUAAGAAUUUAAAUUAUACUAUUUUAAAUGAAUAUUUUAUUUAUAAAUUAUAUUUUUAUAAGUUUAAUAUAAAAAAAAUAUUUAAAUUAGUAUAUAAUUUUAAAAAUUUUAAUAACAGUAGAAAUAAUUUAAUAUUUUUAAUUAACAAAUUAUUAAUUAAUAAUAAUUUUAAAAAAUUUUAUAAUAUAAAGUAUAUAUUAUUAAAUCAAUUUAUUAAAUUAAAUUUUAUUAAAAAUUCUAUUUCUAAAGAUUUUAAAUUUAAUUUAAAUAAUAUUAUAGUAAAAAAUUUUAAUAAUAUAUUUAAAUAUUAUAAUAAUAAUAUAAUUCAAUUAUUAAUUAAAAAUUUAUAUAAUAAAUGGGUAAUAUAUAAUAUAUAUACAUAUUAUUUUUAUUAUAAUUAUAUUAAAUUAUAUCAUAUUUUUAAAAAGGGAAUUAUUUAUAAUGUAAAUAAAAAUAAAAAAUAUAAUAUAAUAUUUUUUUUAAAAGGUAAUAUUAAUUUUUUUUCAUAUUAUUAUUUUAUAUAUAAUAAUAUUUUUUAUUCAAAUUUUUUAUAUAGUAGUUAA